GCUGCCUUGGAGAUGCAAAGCUGCGCCAGUACAAGCUUGUUACUCUGGACGUUCUGGACGUUGUGUGCGCGCUAAGAGGUUGCUGUGUUAGCGGCGCCAUCAGAAGGGCUGCAGCAGGACGUGUUGCCACAGCUUCAUAGAAUGGAAUCGGUGUCAAAAGAAAGUUAUCUUCCAAGUUUUCACCAAUUUCCUUUGUGUGCUUCUUUGUCUGAAUUUGAAUCUGCAUCAUCCAAGGAAACGCAGUCUUCUGCUCUGAAAAACAUCAGUCCUCAUCCAUAUGAUAUUCUUCAAGCACCAAACAGUAGAGCUCUAAUUUCUGCAUUAAAGACUCUUCAAAACAAGAUAUGUCGGCUAGAAUCGGAAAAAACACAUGCCCGCGAUCGUUUGACAAACUUGUCUAGAGCAGCUGGUGAACACAAAAAGGUUCUGGAGUCUGAGAAACGAUCUGCAGAAUGGGCUGCACAGGAAGCCACAAGCCAAAAAAAUGAUGUUGCCAUGCAGCUAAAUAAUGCAGAGCAACGCUGCUCACUUCUUGAGAAACAGCUUGACUACAUGAGGAAAAUGAUGGAGAAUGCUGAUAUACAAAAUAACCCAAUUCAUCAGAUACCGGCACAAAAAGAACAAAAAGAUAUGCUGGAGAUGCAGUCUAAACUUCAGAAACUUGAAGUACUGGAAAAUGAGUGCCUUAGGCUCAAAGCCACACACAAAUCUUCAGAGAACAAAAUCCAGUUUUUGGAGGAAAAGCUAAGUGUUGAGGAGCAAGAGCGGAAAGCAUUGCAGGAUAAAGCAGCACAGGUUCAAACCAGUUUGGAAGUAAACAGAAUUUUACUUUCUUCAGCUUCUUCUCAAAACUCCACUCAAAGAAAAGUGAAGAAAAAGAAGCAAUCAAAGCAAAAAAAUGCCAUAAGUAAAGAGCCUUCUUCAAAAGAGCCUCUUUUAAAAGAGCCUCCUUCAAAAUGCUUUUUCCCAAAGGCAGGAGAACUCCCUUUUGUUGCAGGAAAGUCAACAACUUCCAGCCAUUCUCUGAGUGCAAAUGUGCAGAACAUGUUGCACAUGAUGAAACACCAGAGCCCACGUGUUUCGCAAAAGGACCCUAAAACUGUUGAACACAAACCAUCAAUCUUGCCAGGUGGAAGUAGAAGUAUACCCACACGCUUAAUGUCUUCUUCGACUGGAGACACUUUGUCUGACAUUUUGUUGGCUUUACAAGAUGAGCUGGGGCAAAUGAGUUUUGAACACCAAGAGCUGCUCAAGCAUAUCGAUGAAACAAAGAACACGGACAUGAGAGAAGAUCUAGAACGUGAACUAGAUUAUCUUGUGAAGCAAAUGGAAAUAAAAAGUGAUCAGAUAAUUAAAUUAAAACGUCAUCAGUUAAAUGUUGUUAAGUUGAAAAAAACUGCUAAGAAACAACCUAGGCCUCCAUCUACAACCAAGCCAGCUGAAGAUGAGCAGAACAUAGGUGCAACUGAUCCAUGCACGCCAAGGAAUAAAGGAAAUCUGGCAAAUGGCACUGGUACCCCAAACAGCAAAGCUUCCCUUGAGCUUCUUAAGAGUGUGAGAAAGAUUCAGAUGACCUUAAAGAAAGAUGAUAUCAUGUGGGAAAAAUAAAAACAAAUAUCAGUUUUCAGCGUCAAUAUCAUUUCUCCAUAUUUCCUUGGUUUGUAAUUUUUAUAUAUUUUUAAAGACUAUUACAGUAAUAUUCUGUAAGCAACUAUGCCAAUUAAUUUUAAUAAAGUUUCUAAACUUCA